AUGGUUCCUGGAUAUCUGUCCGCUAACGAAGACGCUGCUGAGUGUAACGCAGACGCGUCUCUGGACGUGCGACACCCCGUCCCUCUGUUUCUGCCCGUCCGCACCAAGAAGCGGUACUUUAUCCCUCCAGCAGUGGGGGUCAAGGAGAAGACGGAGAGCAACAUGGAGGCCAAGUCCCGAGCAGCAGGCCUCAUCAUCAGGCAGGAGUACAUGGAGAGGCCCAUCAACCUCGCCUGCACUGCCGGAGUCUUCGACCCUUACAUCCCCCCAGAGGGCGAUGCUCGUCUGUCCACUCUUUCCAAAGAAGGCCUGAAACAACGAACUGAGCAGAUUCGACAGAGCGCCGCCUCACAGCUUGCGAUCCGUAAAAUCAAAGAGCACGACUCUCUGUUCGUAACAAAGGAUUUUGCAGCGCGAGCUCAGGAAAUCUUUAUUGAGGCUCACAACGCUCUGACACAGUUUAACAAGGUGAAACUUCACACCUUGGUAACAGAGAGGUGUUAUCCGGAGAUGACGAGGGGGAACCGCUACAAGACAAUUCACUGGAGGUUCAUCGAGUCACUGGAGCCGCCCAGGGUGGUCCAUGCCCGCUGCCCUGACAUGGUCAGCAAAGGCAACCUGUACGGCCAGGUGACGGUCCGCAUGCACUCCAAACAAACUCUGGCCGUCUACGACCGCUUCGGGAGGCUGAUGUUGGGCAGUGAGGAGCAGCCGAAAGACGUCUUGGAGUACCUGGUUCUAGAACGGCACCUUGUCAACUCCUACGGCCAGUGGAGGCUGCACGGAAAAAUAGUGCCAUCCUGGGCUCCUGCCAAAGAUCCAAUUAUUAAGACCGUCAUGAUUCCUGGUCCGAAGCUGAAGGUGGACCAAGAGUUAGAUGCCGUCAACUUUGAAGUUCCCAAACCAGCUGCGGUGCAGUGGUAUAAAUAG